CCAUGGGGGAGAACCUAAAGCGGGGGCCGGCAGGGGAGGUUUGGGGCUGGAGCUGAGCAGAGACCUCAUCCCUGCCUGCAGGAUGGGAGAGUUUCUCUUCCCAUUUCUCGCUGGGGUCAUUCCACGGGUCCUUGGAGGAGCAGGCAGAUAGCCAGGGUCCAGGCAGAGGAGAAAGGGGGGGAGGCAGCCCAGGAGAGGGACAGAGGCAGGGUGUGGGUGGGUGGGUAUGUGUGUCUGUGUGUGUGUGUGAACAUUUAUGAUUACAUGUGAAACUUGAGCUCCCUGCAGUGGGCUAGGAAAGAAAAAAGACAGAAGUAUUGUUUUUAAACACUUUUUUUUCCCGCAAGAGGGCCAGGGCUGCUGCAUAGCCAGGAGAAUGAUAAAAGGGCUGGGAGAGCUGGGGCUGCUUGGAGGGGCGAGGACGGAGGAAGUGCCAAAAUUACAUGAUUUAGACUUCGUUUAAAGAGCCCAAUAACUUGUCCUGUGCAAACAGUGGCUUGAAAACUGCAGCCUGGAGCACAAUGUCCCCUCCCCCUCGGCAGCUUUCGGCUAGGAACAGGGAGUGCGGGGUCUAGCUGGGGCGGUGUGUGGAGCAGCUGGAGCAGAGGUCUCAGAGCACCAUGCACGGUGUAAAUCUCAAGCUGGUGGCCUUUGCCUGCAUGACGGCGGCUUUCUGGGCGGACGGUGGCCAGUGGAGGGCGACAGGUGGCGGGAGCAGGCGGCGAUCCCACCGGGUCCAGCAGGGGCAGUGCAGUUACACCUUCGUCCUGCCCGAGGCCGAUCCGCAGCCCUGCCCACCGACGAGGGCGACCCUCCGGGCCAACACGCUGCAGGGGGACUCGCCCGCCGCCACGCUGCAGACCCACAACUGGUCCGCACAGCGCGUGCAGCAGCUGGAGAGGGUCCUGGAGAACACCACCCAGUGGCUGCUGAAGCUGGAGAGCGACGUGCAGAUGAAUGUGAAGUCUGAGAUGGUCCGGAUCCAGCAGAAUGUCGCUCAGAACCAAACAGCCGCCAUGCUGGAGAUCGGUACUAACCUAUUGAACCAAACGGCGGAGCAGAGCAGGAAACUGACCGUUGUGGAAGCGCAGGUUCUGAACCAAACCGCACGAAUCGAGAUCCAGCUGCUGGAGAAUUCCCUGUCCACCAACAAGCUGGAGAAGCAGCUGCUGCUGCAGACGAAUGAAAUUCACAAGCUGCAGAACAUGAACAAUAUCCUAGAGACCCGGGUGCUGGAGAUGGAGACCAAGCACCAGGCAGAGCUGGAAGGGAUCCGCACAGAGAAGGAGAAGCUGCAGCGCCUAGUCAGCCACCAGAGCCACACGAUCGAGGACCUGGAGAAGUCCCUCCAUGCUGCCAACAGCAACACCAGCUCGCUCCAGCGGCAGCAGCUGCAGCUCCUCGAGUCAGUCCAGAGCCUGGUCCAGCUGGUCUCGCAGGGCAAAGCUCCCCUCGCGAAGGAAGAGCAGGUGUCCCAGGACUGUGCUCAGACCCGCCGAGCCGGGUUUAACGCCAGCGGGGUUUACACCCUCCACAUCGCCAACAUGACGGAACCCAGGAAGGUGUUCUGCGAUAUGGAGACAGACAGAGGCGGGUGGACGGUGAUACAGCGCCGAGCCAAUGGCAGCAUGAAUUUCCAGAGGAAGUGGAAAGAAUACAAACAGGGCUUUGGAGACCCUGCCGGGGAGUACUGGCUGGGGAACGAAGCUGUGCAUCUCCUGACAAGCCAGGCUUCCUACUCGCUGAGAGUCGAGCUCCUGGACUGGGAAGGAAACCAGGCCUACGCCCAUUAUGAGACAUUCCAGCUGGGCAGCGAGCGUCAUCUUUACAGGAUCUCCCUGAAGGGCUACAGUGGCACCGCCGGGCAGCAGAGUGGGAUGGUCCUCCAGGGAACCAACUUCAGCACCCGCGACUCGGAUAACGACAACUGCCUCUGCAAGUGCGCCCAGAUGCUUUCGGGAGGUUGGUGGUUUGACGCCUGUGGUCUGUCGAACCUGAACGGCAUUUAUUAUCCUGCCAAGCACAAUGUCCGGAAGCUCAACGGGAUCAGAUGGCACUAUUUCCAGGGGCCCAGCUACUCUCUAAAAGGCACACGCAUGAUGAUAAGACCUUCAGACUUCUAGCGCCCCAGAGCGGGGUGGGGCAGAGGGCAAGCCAGGCUCCAGGCCUCCGAACUGGCAGGCAACAAUCCAUCGUGGAACUGGUAGGACCAUUAGACCAGCAACAGAUGGCAAAGGAACAGGGACACAUCCUAGCAGGAGCAGGGUCUUGUAACCCAGUGCCUGGGGCUCCAGCGCAAGGGAAAGGAGGAAGACCUGGAGCUAAGCGGAGAGAUGACUCUGGGCCUGGACUCUUGGGCCUCCAAGGAGGAGGAGAAGAAAGAAAAAUCAGAAAAAAAUAUCUAAAAACUAAACCGUCCCAUUGGUGUGAAUUACGAGUAUUGGGCUUCUGUUUCGGACCAGUGUGAUUCUUUUCUAUGUUGUAUCAUCUUCAGGGAAAUCAUCCAGACCACAAAGGGAGCCUGCUGCACCCAGGGCCAGUGGCUGAGAAAGACCUUCCGAGUGGCAGCUAGGAAUAGUGUGGCGCAUACAGAGUUUUUGCGGUGGGGUCUGGUUUUAAUUGGUUUUAGCAUGUUUCCAGGAAACACUCCACUCUUUUCCUUCCUUGUUUUCCCCUGCUUCUGAACUGCCACAUGGCCACCCGGCUCCUGAAGGCACGCUCCUGUCUGCAGAAGCUGGCUGACGAGGAGAGAGCAGGCUGGUGAGAUAGCCCUGUGAGCAUCUGGAUAUUAGGAAACACUAUUUCACUAGGAGGGUGGUGGAGCACUGGAAUGGGUUCUCUAGGGAGGUGGUGGAAUCUCCAUCUUUAGAGGUUUUUAAGGCUCGGCUUGACACAGCCCUGGCUGGGAUGAUUUAGUUGGUGUUGGUCCUGCUUUGAGGAGGGGGUUGGACUAGAUGACCUCCUGAGGUCUCUUCCAACCCUAAUACUCUAUGAUACGGAUCAAGCCAGCCGGAGAGGCAAGAUGGACUUGCCUUUGGGCUCUCUCUUGUGUUUUUCCCCAAAGGGGACCUGCCAAGCCAGCUCCCGACCCAAAUGCAAAACCCGUCUGCGCAAGAAGAGCAUGAGCCGGGCCUUGCGCAGGGAACGUGGUGCACAGAGGAGGACGCCCACGUGGAUGGAAUGAACGUCGGCUUAUGAGCUCAGUAAUGUACGUUGAGAGGGCACGGUCUAGAAAGACCAGCCUCCACAUUCAACACACUCGCACACACACACACCCCACUCUUUUGUGUGCUGGGCUACUGCCUGAGAGCGAGUGGAGGCUAAGCCUGGGGUGGCUAAGGGUUAGCGCUGGGCGUUUCUGACAUCUGAAGUCCCCAGCGCACCAGCUCCCUAAUUUGCACGUGCAGAAGGUACGGGGGGGGCGUGGGAGGGCAGAGAAUGGGCCUGGCUGGGGAGACGUGGUGUCACGGAGUCCCCGGGCGAUGCUCUGGAACUGCUCCCUACGAAGCCAGGCAGGACUCUGGGAAAGUCUCCUUUCUGUGAGCAGCCUGUCUUCAGGACACACAGCUCACACAGCUUCCACCUUCCUGGGUCUGACCUCGGAGCAUUCAGCAUCCUCUGCCCCUCCGUGCGCUUCCCUCAGCGAGUCCGCCAAGGCGGGGCUCCUGGGGAAGCCAGAGGGUCCUGCCCCCCAACUCCACAGUCAGACGUGACUCUCAGCCAGCCAGUAAAACAGAGGUUUAUUAGACGACAGGAACAUGGUCUAAAACAGAGCUUGCAGGUGCAGAGAACAGGACCCCUAAGCUGGGUCCAUUUUGGCGGGCAGUGAGCCAGACAACCAUGUCUGCACUUCACUCCAUGUCCCCAGCCAGCCCCAAACUGAAACUCUCUCCAGCCCCAUCUCCUCUGGGCUUUGUCCCUUUCCCGGGCCAGGAAGUCACCUGAUUCCUUUGUUCUCCAACCCUUUAGCUCUCACCUUGCAGGGGGGAAGGGCCCAGGCCAUCAGUUGCCAGGAAACAGGGUGUCGGCCAUUCUCUGUGUCCAGAUCCCUGCGCACACCUGCCCUCUAGGGCUCUGCAGUGAUCAUACACCCUUAUCCCACCACCUAGAUACUUAAGAACUGCACAAGGGAAACUGAGGCACCCCCACACUAUUCAGAGGAAACAUUAAGAACAGUCCCACUUCAUCACACGUGGUAAGUGCAGUCGUCCCAUGCUAACAAAACGCAUAGCUCCGUGCUCGCCUCUUAGGGUAUGUCCACACUGCAGCUGCUUCCCAGCUCGGCUAGACAGACACGCGCUAGCUUGGCGUGCGCUAGUGCACUAACAAUGGCAGCAUAGCUGGGGUGGGCCCCCAGGCACGUACCCUGGGGGUCCAGCGGGUUUGUACCCAGGCAGCUAGCCUGAGCUGCCGCCCAUGCUGCCCCCGGCUACGCUGCCACCUCGAGCGAAGGGAGCACGGUGUGUGUCCACCCGAGCUGGGCAGCACAUUCCUAGUUGCAGUGCAGAGGGACACUUUGCCCCGGCGCCAGCUAAAGGCAGGAAUAACUCGGCAGCUUGCAGCAGCACCCAAUGAAUGCAGGACCCACGGCUCUGCCUCUUCCGCUCAGCACUUCUGAGCCUGUGCUAACCUGGGCCCUGCUGUGCACGACCCAUCGCGUAUCCUGUGCCAGGAUCGCACCCGCCGCUCGCUGCAGCCUGUCAUCACUGUGACCUCACGGCGCAUCACCGCAGGCUCAGCCUGGCGCCUUCACGCGCCGUCGUGCAUGCAGAUGCAUCCAUACCGCUGCCUGGCGAUCAUUAAUACAGCCCUCGCGGCCUGGCAGUCCCAUAGCACGCCGCACCGCUCGGCACAAUGGCGGCCCCGCUGCGUAGGGAGAUGCUGUGGGGUGCACAGCUAUCCACGGACUGCCAGGCUAGGGGAUCGGAGACGGUCAUCGCCUGGGACCAGCUGGGACAGUCCCGGGUGGCUGUUGCAGAGCAGCACUGCAAUUGCUUCCUUAGAAGACCCUGUUGCCAUGUGCUGAUAAACCCUUCCCCUUAGCCCAGCCAGCUUUAUGGCAGCACAUCCGUUGUCUCACCAUCCUAGGGUGGUUUCAGAUCUACCCCUUCCUCCGGCCUGGUGCAUUCUUGUUACAACACACAGCGAGUGACAGCCCACUCAGGCCUCUGCAGGGGGAUUCACCGAGAGGCUCCACCUUUUAUAAACGGCUUUCCGAAUGCUGCAAAACGUGCAUGGCCUCCUUGUGCCUCCUUCGAAAUGUUCUGGUUUUUCAUCAAAACAAAGUUGGUUGCAAUUCAGUUUGAGCGGAGUGUGUUAUUAUGAAUCUGGAUUGCCUAGGACCCUCUUGUGCCAGGUGCUGUGUAGACACAACAAAAUUCUGGCCCCUACCCCAAGGAGCUUACCCUCGAAGGAUAAGACAAGAGAUAACAGAUGGAUACAGACGAUUGGGGAAGGCCAAAGAAACAAUGGGGCAGCGCUGGUCAGCGUGACAGGCGGUGUCCAGUUUUUACAAGCACCAUGGAAGAAGCAGGUUUUAGGGAGCGAUUCGAAGGUGGACGAUGAGGUAGCUUUGUUGGUAGUUAUGAGAGCUCCUCCUCGGCCAGGGGGCAGCAUCGGAGAAAGCACCGGGGGGUUUCUUUGAAGAUGUACCGCUGGAGGGUGGUGGCGUGGGCCGCUCGGUGGAGCUGCCAUCUCAGUGGUGUGAGAGAGAGGCCAGGUGGGCAAGGCUGGGCUGAGAAAGGCCUUGGAAGUGAAGCCAAGUAGUUUGUGUCUGAUGUGCUAGAGAAGGGGAGCCAGUGGAGGGGGACGGCGUGGGCGAAAGGAAGGGCUAGGAAAGAGACCCUUGCCGAAGAGUUCAGACUGGUGUGAGCGGUUAAGGUGGGAUCUGUCCAGAUCAGAGAGGGGGACGUUGCAGUGACUGACGGGUGAGAUGCCGAGAACCUGGGCGAGGGUUUAAGCUGUGUGGAUGGCUAGGCAAGGCCGUACCCUAGAAAGAAUCAGGAAGAAAGAAUCUGCAGAAAGAAUCAGGAAGCCCCCUGUGAGGAUCUAGAGAGAGCCCAGAGUCAGUGACGAUGACACCCCGGUUACGGGCCUGAGUGAUGGGGAGAACGGAGGGGUGGUCCACGUGGCUGAGGAAAGAGGGAGCGGGUGGGGCUGGCGGGAAGAUUCAGAGUUCUGUUCCAAACUGAAACAAAACAUUUUCUGUUUUCCUUUUAAUCGUUGUCCCCUUUCUCUCUCCUUUCUGAAAAGAAACCAGAACAACAGCAGCACAUUGUUUUGAUGAAAAAUAACACCAAAACUUCCACGAUAAAUUUUUAAACGAAGCAAAAAUCGUUUUGUUUCCUUCAAAAGUUUUUGUGGAAAAUAAUUGCUGUUUUCUGACUAGCUCCGGUGGGUAAAACAGGUGAGCUUUUCCUAGGGGCUUUCUUUUGUUUCGGUGUUUCAUGCUGGGAAAGGAUGUUAGAGGUCAAACGUGGAGCAUGCUCACCGGGAGGGCUGGAAUAUGAUGGGCCAGAGCGGGUCACACAGUGUAAGGAAAACAGACAGAAAUGCAGGAGGCCCCCCCGAUCAGAGACAGCCCGUUCCCUGCACUAGCCGGCACAGAGCUCUGGACCCACAGCUCUCCAGCCGCUUCACGCUCAGCGUCCACGACCAACGGUGCCUUUGGGGGGUUUGCCCACAGAGCCUGUCGCGUUGUUUAGAACCAAGUAUUGCUGCAGGGUUAUUUCCCACCAGCGGCCUGGCCUCAAAGGGACGCAGCCCACCCCUUCUUGCUCCCCUCCUCCCAUGCUGAAGAACAGAGGGCCCUGGGCCAGGGAGGGGGUCACCGGUGGCCAGACAAGCUGUCCUAGACCCGGUUUGUCUUGUGCACGGUUAUUGGCUCACCCAGGGGGAAGGGGCAUUAACCCCGACGCUUUAACAAGCAUCUUUCACCCCUGGGUCGAAUGGAAACACUGUAUUUUUCUAUUCACAGAUGUGUCAUUAGGAAGCCCCACUGUGUGAGUGUCUGUCAGGCUGAGACAGCCACCCAGGGCUUGACACCACCAGGACAGACAGCUCCCCUGGCGCUCCUUCCCCACGGCUGCAGAGUGCGGGAGGGCCCAUCCCCUCCCCUGCCCCAAACCACCACAAAAUCCCCCUCCAGCCACAUCCCACUCCCUCCCGCAUGACCCCACACUCCUGACUGAUUAGCAGCAGCACGGACCAGGGUCGGUCUCUGCAUCUGCUUGCAGUAGCUCAGCUCCCCCAGUGCUGCUGCGGUGCUAACGGGGAGCCAGGGAGGGAGGUUGUCCCUAGAUUACCUGUCCAGCAACGACAGGAGGCCUGUGACCUGGCCUGCCCCUUUCUGGUACAGAGGGGCCGUGGAAGAUUUCAGGCACAGAUGGGAUUGCACAACCAGGGCCAGGGUCGAAUCUGAACACCGGCGUUUUGUUCCCCUCUCUGUUUUCAGGGAAGCCGUUUCCCUGUUAGACUCAGUGGACCCCCACUCCUCCUAGCCCCAGAUCUCUCCCUCCUUUGCACGCAUCUCGGUGUUCAACAAGCACCAAAAGCUUCCUGGCUUUUAAACCCAGAAAGCUGCACAGCUCUUGAGCAUUACGCCAGCACAGACGCCUGUCCACUGCGUGGAUGAUGAAUCCACCCCGGGCCCUCUCGCUCUGGGCAAGCAGGAUUCCCUGAGUUCACAUGCAGAUGUUCUCAGAUCAGUUUCUCAUAUUAAUAGCACCCGAGCCCUGUCCCCUGUCUCAGCCUGACCGCUGACUCACCCCGGGGACGAGUGGCUCUGACAUUUCAGCCAGCACAUUGCAGUGCACGCUUUGUACAUGUAUCCAAUGCUGGGUUACGCGAGGUCUGGGCUUUCUCUAUCCGGGUUUUGAUUAUGCAAUAAGCAGUUUAACAAGUAAUUAAAAAAAGGGGGUUGGGAGAAGUCCAGAGCAUGGUGUAACAUUCCGAUUUAUUCGAAGGGCUGAGGGUGUAGUAGCAGGUGGUGUUUAAAGAGCUGCCAUGCGAGUGGAGAGGUGGUUUGCCUCUGGAUUCUAACGAACUCCACAUAAAGGAUUUUAUAGUAACCAUCAA